AUGUUUUACGUGUGCUUCAACUGAUUAUGAACCUUUAUUUAAACGUUUUACGGCUUUUCGACAUUCCUCAAAUAUUCCACGUUUUGGUGAAUUUUGCGAUAGCUUUGAACAAAUACGAGCAUAUGCGCCAUUAACCAAAUGCGCUUCAACAUGUGUUUCCAUUAUGGAACCACAAUACUUUGGAGGUGUACAAUCAAUGAACACACCAUAUACAUAUAUUCGUGGUUGUGCAGAGAAAAUUUUCAAUUCAAUUGGAAAUCAUCCACCUGAAGUAGACUUUCUUCAUUCCGAAGCAAUAUGUCUUAAACUUCCGUUAUCACAAAUUUGGCCAUCAAUUGAAACCGAUGAGCAUGUACAAGUUGGUACCAUUGAUAUCACUUAA